UCCGAGACCAGGGAGAGAGACAAAACCCCCCAAACGAAUAAUUGCCUAGCGCAACCCGCCAAACCCAACACCCCUCUCUAUUUCUUCCACACAGCACGCGUUUUCUCCUUCUCCUUCUCCUUCUCCUCUUCAGUCUUCACUAUGGACGAGGACGACUCCACCGCCCUCCCUGCUCCGCCGCGCCUGGUGGGCCCACUCGACCCCUCAUGGAAGCUCCGCCGCCGCAACUCCAUCUCCACCUCCGUCGUCGUCGCCACCAAGCUCAGCCACCUCUCCACCAGUCCCACCACUCCCACCAAUAAUAUGCCCCGCCACAGCUGCAGCUUCCCACCCCAAAACGGCGCCGUGACGCCGCGCCAUCGGCCGCCGCAGCUCGACCUGGAGCUUCUCUCCGAGUCCUACACCUCCCUCAAGGACCUCCUCCCCUCCUCCUCCUUCGCCGCCGUCCAGUCCCCGUCGCCCAACUCCACCAACUCCGGCUACGAGAUCUCCAUCCGCAACCGCCUUGUCAAGCAGGCCGCCUGGGCCUACCUCCAGCCCAUGUCCUCCACCUCCGGCCCCUCCGGCCCACACUUGCUCCGCCGCCUCUGGCUCAAGUGCACCCCCUGCCUCUCCUUCCUCACCCACCGCCUCCUCCCCUUUCUCUCCCGAACCCUCCAUCGCUUACUCCCCUGCUUCCAACUCUCCUAACAUUUUCUUCUUCUUCAUUGUUGUGUGUGUGUGUAUAUAUUUUGAGCAUAGGAUGGAAUGAAAUUUGCCUAGUUGAGCAUAGAAUGGAAUGAAUUUGAAUUUGAAUUAUGUAUUUGAAUAUUCUGAGACACAGUGUUCUCAAUCCAUAUUCAAAGAUUUGUUCUA